AUGGCUGCCGCUGCUGGGCAGUUCGUGACCGAGUUUCCUAUGCCGGCGGCCUAUGCCUACGCAGCUUUCGUGGGCUCGCUAGCUGUACCACACUACUUUCCUAACAUCACGACUAUUCGAACACCCAUUGAUCCAUAUCCCAUCAAUGCUACCGACAUCAACAAUCUUUUGAAUGAAAUCCAACGGGAAGAAAUCGUCACUCGCGACAGCACCAUAGUUGAGAUCAUGUGGCGCAAAUUCGAAACCUCAACUAACAAGAAGCUACCCACAAAUGUGGUUGACUGUGAGAAACUCAGCCAGCAGAUUGGAUCCGUCCUCUCCGCGCGCGGAUUUUACCCCUGGCUCCUAGACCAUGUCAACUGUACCACUCGAUACGAGGGCUACCAACCCCCAAAGCCUUGGACGUUCCCCGAUAUCAAUAUCCUACCAUCUUGGUUAAAGAAUAAUCUCCAGGGGUCCAAAACCCCGGAUCCAGGACCCGGGCCACCCCCAGGACCCGAUGUUAAACAACGACCUUCACUUACUACUAUGACGACUGUCACUGUCACAGGGACUGAGCAUUUCACCGGCACUGCUUCUGAAGCCUCCUGGAUAGAGGAACCGCGAACAGCUCAAGCCGACGCCGACAAUUCGUGUUAUUUGCCGAGCUGUCUGACAUUGACUUCGACGAGGUGGGCGAGGGAAACUGUGUCGGUGACUCAUACCACGACUCCGCCUUCGGGACCGACUGUGGCUCCAACUUCGAAUGUAGAUUCAGAAUCAAGUGGGAGUUCAACGUCAACUGACUCUACUUCUCAUGUUGCAGAUGGACGUCCGACUGACGAGCCUGACUGGAAGGGCGCAGGUUCGCAAGCUGGAUCUGAGCCGACAACGAAUCACGCCCAGACAGAUACAGAUACUUCGGAUUCAACCAAUGAGCCUCCAAGCAAAGACUCCCAACCCGAGCCUCCCGGGAAGCCAAGUUCUACCACGCUUUCGAAUCUACGGGACUAUCUUUGGGCGCAGGUUUCUAAAUCCGCUAAUCAGUUAAGCUAUUACUACGGAUUUACCACCAAUAGUAGCCGUGUCGACGAUCUGGUUGUAAAAGAUUUGGACUGGCUGGCUGGUGGCCACUCUGAGAACAUGAUCGAGAAUGAUGUCGCCUGGAUGGUCUUCAAAGCCAUCACUAUCAUACCCUGGUCCUCGCACGAAACGGGAGCGAAAUGGUGCAGUGACAAGAUGGCCCAGGUCUUUGUACCUGACCUGUUCGUUGAUGCGUGUACGCAUGUUGAUAAGGACCUCAGAAGUGCGGCGUUCCGGCGUGCCGUGCUUGAGCUUCCGAACACAAAGAAGCGGAACUGGCAAGUUUGGGCAGACUGGCUGGCCACACCUUUUCAGAAAGCUCGCGCAGUCCCGGCGUCCAUUACUGGAACUCUAUCGAAGUACUGGCGCGUUGUCAUUGACGACCAGCUCAGGGAUGAUUUUUCAGCUGCUGGGGAAGUGGUGACAUUCUUCACUCGUGAAUGGUUGCCAUGGUUAUUCUCCGAGCUCUUCGGACCCCCUAGAUUUGCCGACGAACUUGCUCGCUCUGUCCUCAUCAUAGCAGCGACCAUCAUCGUCCAUGGCUUCCCUCCCAUCUACGCUCAAUUGCAAACCCAUGGUAAACUUGCAUGGAUGAUCCUUGGUGUCUUCAUGGCCUGGUGUAUCCGAGUGCUCUCUGCCAACCUGGGUGGCUUUUGCUAUUUCGAUCUCGCGUGUUUCGGCAUCGGCUAUGUCGCUUCGGAGAUCCUCUAUCGAUUCACGCAACCUGAGUAUAAUACGCCGAGGCGACUACGCCAGUUCAUCUUCCAGUACGUCGAUGGCCUCUAUCGUAAGGUGCAGGGCUGGCGGCGCGUCGAAGUUGUGGCGGUUCUUGCGUACGUGUACUUAUUGUUAACUCCGGCGAAACAAUGCCCACACCCUAGGAUCCGGCUGCCGCUUUUCUGUACUCUCAGCGCCAUGACUGCGUACCAUCUUACGCGCCUAUACGUAGCUCUAGAUCCUUGGACACUUCCAUACCAAAACGACGAGGUCUUGAUCGCGGCCGUUCAGCACCGAUCUAGGCCAGUGAUGGGAAUGACCAGACUCUAUCCCUUGGGUGUCUUGGUCCUCACGUCUGCGAUAUGGGUACUCUGCUACGAGUGUCUCGACUGGAAGAUAAUGAUCUUCAUUGCCUAUCUCAGCGGCCGCAUUGGCUACAGUCUACCACCUCCUCCAGACAAUGAGGUACCAGUGCACGUCCAGAUCCUGACUCGCCCAUUGGCAUAUGCUGCGGAACUACAUCUCGAUCUCGAGGUACUCCAGCUCGGCAGCGUGGGACAUCAUCAUAUCCCCUGGAAUUGGUGGUGGACCACCAUGUACGGGACUACCCUAAAUCUCGUUCUCCAUGCUUCGUCCACCUACUACUUUCACAGAGUCGAAGGACAAUGCUCUCCCAUCAACCCGGAUCGUUGGCCAGGCAUAGCUAUCCUCGCCUCCGUGCCGACUGUCUUUUUCAUACUCAGGCUUUAUUUCCGCGAUAUUCCCGGCAAGCAAGCGCUCGAAGGCCCAAUACAGUACUGCUUCUGGUUGAGUCUCGUCGCUUCGUGUGCUGUGUACUCUAUCUGGUCAACCGUAUGGGAUUCUUGUGGUCAAGAUGCGUCAGUGGCGAUCAUCACAGUCCUGCUUUGGUCACUGGUGCGCUGGAGGUUUGGUGCGAUUGGCUCCAUCUGGAACGAGCUUCCUACCAUUCCACCGACAGUCAGGAGGAAGAAGGAGGCAAAGAACAAGCAACCAGGCCCUCCGGGUUACAUUUCGGAUCCUCUGGAUGCGAACGAUGGAGGUUUUGCAGUGCGUGAUAAUGCAGCCAUUGAUGCAGGGGCCAUCAGUAUUGGAAACCCUCCUGUAACUUCGCAUGGGUCAGUUACUUUACAGGACGGUAGCCAGGCUAACUUGUACUCCGCUCCCUUGCCUGCCAACGCGCAGCCUACCAAUGUCAUCAUUUCGGACGGCCAAAAUCGACGGGGUCUCCCGCAAGAAUUUGAUCCGGAGACUGCGGUGGUCCUCGACGUUGUCCAUGGUGAAACUGUUGCUAUACCGGGAUACCCCCACAUCAAGAUCACGUAUAGAGGCCGUUGUGAUGGAGACAAUGAAGGCGAUGGAGGCGAUGGAGGCGAUGGAGGCGAUGGAGACGAUGGAGACGAUGGAGACGAUGGAGGCGAUGGAGACGAUGGAGACGAUGGAGACGAUGGAGGCGAUGGUGGUGAUGGGCCAGGCGGUGAUCGAAGGAAUGAUGGGCCAACUGUACCAGAUGAAGGUGAAGGCUCAUAUGGUGAAGAGGACCCAGCUGGUAGUCCAUCUGCCCCAGCGCUAUCAUCACCACGAUCUUCGCCGCAACCAGGCGAUGAACCAGAAGAUGAACCAGGAGAUGAACCAGGAGAUGGAGGAGGCGACAGUGAUGUGAGCGAUGGAACUGAUUACGGUUCAUUAGGGAAGCUCCCGUUCAAGCACAGAGCUUCCCAAUGGUCUGAUUCAUCCGAAUCGGAAGGUCCAUCGCAGUCGCCUAAUCCUUCUCCUCAUCCACCGCGAGAUCCGCCAUCAGGUUUAUUUGACUCUCAGCCGGAAGCGCCUGAAGGACAAACUCCCUCGAACACGCCUCCGCUGGGGACCUCAACAUCGCCUGAGUCAAGUACUUCGCCAACGUCAGCCGUACAUUCUGUCAACGGCGCAACGGAAGACGAACCUGAUGAAAGCGAAGAUGAAAUAAACGAUCACCUGCUCAACAACCCGAAGCUAGGAAUGCCAAAGCCCCCGGGGCGCCAAUUUAUUGCUGAUCGAGAUCGAGAGCCUCAGUCCACAGGAAGUGGCUCUGAGGUGACAGCACCAGGAAAGAUCGAUGACACCGCUGGCACUGGAGACGAACCGACUAGCGGCACUGACGGUGAGGAUAUGGCACCCGGGGCUAGCGAGGGAGAAGGGUCUUUUGAGCAAGAAGGUAGUGAAUAUCGUGGAAGCGAGACUGACGAGGGUGAGUCCGGAACCGCCACAGCAGUAGUUGACAAGAAGCAGGAUGCCGCGCCCGGGAGUGAAACAUCGGAGGCCAAGACACAUACUGCUACCCCAUACAAAGACGAACGUGAUCCAAGUGUCACCGACUCAAAUAACGGCGGGAAAAACCUGACUACACCUGAUAACACGACUGCUGGGGUUAUGUCUACCACAGGGAUCCAGAACGAAGAGCCUGAGGGUACAGAGGCUAGCAAGGACACCGAAAGUGAAGCAUCAUCGGAACCGCUAAACGCACUGCCCAUACGGAGCCAAGGAAUUACGCUAACGCCGGUGCUUUCCCCGUCACGUGCUAUAUAUCGCUCAGUCUAUCUGACCGAACUGCGGGAUGAAGACAACCAACGGUAUUGGCGGUGCGACCUUUGCAACUUCAUCGUAAAAGUUGGCGAGGACGAUCUGCGAUAUCAUAUGUCAACAAGAGAACAUGUCAAGCGCUCUAAUGAAAAACGAUUGGAAGCGGAGGCAUUAGUUGCGAAGAACAAGCCGUCAAAAGAAACAGCGGUCAAGCCGGGACACUCCACCAAACAGGACGACAAAUCUGAAACGGGUACGUCCGAAAACGACGUGCAGAAACAUCCUACUUACGAAGAGCUUCAGACCCUCUUGAACCAGUUUCUUCAUAUGACGGUAACCACGGACAUAGCCAAGGCGGGAAAGUAUCUCAACUUAGCCGACGGUAAUCUCAACAAUGCUGUAGCCUUAUUCUUCGAUCAGCCGGAUUACUAUUUCCCGACCCCUGAAGAGGUGGAGGAAGAGAAGGAGCAAGAACGAAGGAGAGCACAAGAGCAGGCGGGGAGUCCCUCUCGUGAGACGAUGAGGGAGAGACAACAAGAACGAAGGCGAGCACAAGAGCUGAAGGAGGUGGAAGAACGCUCGGCCGAGAUCAAAGAAGGCCGGCGCAACUGCAAGACUUGCAUAACAAAAGUGCCGGACGAGGUUUGGGACGAGCACGUACGUUCUGUUGAUCACCGGAAGGAAGAGGAUUCGUAUCAACACUGGAAGUACUGUAUGAUCUGCGACUUAUUUUACCGCAACUGGUAUUCGCACAGAAAUUAUAGUUGUCAUCAAAGGCUCGAACCUGACCGCUCGGAAGUACUGAUCGAUGACGGGAGGAAUGGUUGGAUGUGGUGCUCUACCUGUAAUGAUAGAGUGGGACAAGAAAACAGUGAUCAAGAACACUUUGGCAUACAGAAACACAGAGAUGCUGAAGAAGCGGUGGCUAGAGGGCGUCAACAACCAGAAUACUACCGGUACUGUUGGCCUUGUGGAUAUGGUGUGCCAGUAAUCGCAUACUGGGAGCAUGAGAGGUCGGAAGAACAUCGCAGAAAUAUAAGCCGACGCGUAAGCGGAGGCCCAGAUGGAGGUGGAGGCGAUGACGAUCAAGGGAACGGAGAUGGAGGCGAUGGGAGUAAGAAUUGCAAAACUAUAGCAGAGCAAGCGAAGAAGGAAGGAAGCCCUAGAGAAAGCAAGCUUGAUGAGCGAAAGGCAGACGAGAACACUGGUGAGGCGCAAGUUCCUGGAAGUCUUGCGUAUAAUUCAGACACUGAAGGUAUGUACAACGGAAGUUCUGCCCACACGGAUGACGGAAAGAACUAA